AAACGGGAGACGGCGCUAAGCGCAACAGCAUCUUCAGCGGUGAUAUUUAAACCACUGACUGUUGGCAAUGCAAGUUUUGUGUCUGACGGUGAAGAUGAUGCUGUUUCCCGCGCGGAUCUCACAUGGACUGGAUGGGGUUUCUGGACUAACCUGUGGAUACAUGAGCCUAAACGCAUGAUGCCUUAUUUUCUACAGUCGCUGUUUUUCCUUCUCUGCCUGAUCAUUGUCGUUGAAUGCCGAAAACAUGGAAAUAGAGAGAGAAGGUGGACGGGACCAGUGGAGACUCAGAAGCAUGGCACUUCACUGACUAAGAAGCCACCUGAUGUAACCAAAUCCAGGAAGAUGAAGACGGAGCAGAUUCUUCGCGUGGAUGACCAUGAUUUCACCAUGAGGCCAGCGUUUGGAGGCCCUGCUGUUCCAGUCGGUGUCGAUGUGCAGGUGGAGAGCUUGGACAGUAUUUCAGAAGUAGAUAUGGACUUCACCAUGACUCUGUACCUGAGACACUACUGGAAGGAUGAGCGGCUGUCCUUUACCAGCACCACCAACAAAAGCAUGACCUUCGACGGGCGCCUGGUGAAGAAGAUCUGGGUGCCCGACGUCUUCUUCGUCCACUCCAAGAGGUCCUUCAUCCACGACACAACCACCGACAACAUCAUGCUGCGCGUGUUCCCUGAUGGCCAUGUCCUGUACAGCCUCAGAGUCACAGUCACGGCAGCCUGUAACAUGGACUUCAGCCGGUUCCCUCUGGAUUCACAGACUUGCUCGCUUGAGCUGGAAAGCUACGCCUACACGGAUGAGGACUUAAUGCUGUACUGGAAGAAUGGGGACGAGUCACUGAGCACAGACGAGAGGAUUUCCCUGUCUCAGUUCCUCAUUCAGAAGUUCCACACCACCUCCCGGCUGGCUUUCUACAGCAGCACAGGCUGGUACAACCGCUUGUUCAUCAAUUUCACUCUGCGGAGACACAUCUUCUUCUUCCUGCUGCAGACCUACUUCCCCGCCACACUGAUGGUCAUGCUGUCCUGGGUGUCCUUCUGGAUCGACCGCAGGGCCGUGCCCGCCAGAGUCUCCUUAGGCAUCACCACUGUGCUCACGAUGUCCACCAUCAUUACUGGAGUCAACGCCUCCAUGCCUCGAGUAUCCUACAUCAAAGCGGUGGACAUUUACCUGUGGGUCAGUUUUGUGUUUGUGUUCCUAUCGGUGCUGGAGUAUGCCGCCGUCAACUACCUGACUACGGUCCAGGAGCGACGAGACAGAAAGCUCAGAGAGCGAAUGAGAGAACAGUCGCUGCCCUGCACCUGUGGCAUGUCCCACACUGGCACCAUGAUGGGCGACGGCACGUACAGCGAGGCGGACACCAACAGCCUGGCGGGUUACACCGAGGCCCCCAUCAUGCACAGCGAGGAACGGGAGAAGCAGGAGCAUAUGGUGGUGCACCUGUCAGUGAGCAGCGAGUCCACCGCCACCAAGAAGAAAGGCGGCCUGCGGGCCUUCCGCAUCAUCCAGAACACGCACGCCAUCGACACGUACUCCCGCGUCAUCUUCCCCGGGGCCUACAUCAUCUUCAACCUCAUCUACUGGUCGGUCUACUGUUGAUCGGACCAGGGUCGCCAUGCAGGCGGAGCAGGCCCUGGGGGACUGACCCUCAAGGAACUGCGGAAACAAAAAUGCCUCCUCCUCACUGAGAGAGAUGAGCACAGACUUGAGUGUUGCAGCAUCUACUGUUCCUGUUGUUGUGAAAGGUUCCGUGUUCUUUCUUUCUUUUUUCUUUUUUCUUUUUUCUCCAAAUGCCAGCUGGGUGCCCAUAGAGACUGCUGAUGCGCCAGGGCACCCAAUGCCCGUCUCCAAUGCUCUUGUUUAUCGUGGGGACGAAGAUGAGACGGAGAUUGGAGCUGGAUGUUUUUACUUUAAACAUUUUAUCACAGACAUUUGAUAUGUGCUUGAAAUAAAGUGACCCACCAAAUGUCAGUUUAAUUCUGAUGCUGUUUUCAAUGUUACAAAGUGAUGUUGGUGUUAGCUUUGCUUUCAGUUAGAUUGAUCUAAUAUUUAUCUGUGUGUUUGUGUGUGUGUGUGUAUGUGUGUUUGUAUAUAUGUACACAUGUCUCUGAGAGUGUGCGCACAUGGGUGCAUUUGUGUGCAAGCGUGCAUGUGAACAAUCGUUCAUGAGUGUAUGUGUUUCUGUCUCUUUGGACAAAAUUCCUUAAAUAAAUAGCAUGUUUGUACUGUAAUGUACAUGGUUACGUCAAGCAUUUGAAGCACUUUUAAUAGAAAUGUGGCCCUAUUUUGCUAUCUAAGAGGGUAUUCUAAACAAAGUGACUGAAAUGUGGGGGAUGGGGAUUAUGUCAGCAAACGAGCUCAUGUAUUGUUGCAUUAGUUUGGACAUGUGAUAGUGUAUAUCUCCUUCUAGGAUAUUUCACAAAUGCUGAUGUUCUUCAGGCAACAUUGUAUUUAUAGCUUUUUAACCAUUAACACACAGAGCUUAAGGCAAGGGGCUUCUUGAUUUAAUCAUGUUAAAACUUGAUCAGUCCUGUGACUAGCAUCUUAAACUGCCUUAAGUGACUUGGUUUGAUUUAAAAAAACAAAAACAAAAAAAAAACAGUGUAACUAGAUGGUU